CGAAGCCGCGUAAAACGACGCAAAGAAGAGAUGACCGGUUUGUAAACAUGGCGUCUGCCCUGGACGAUGAUGAGAUCCUGAACGAUGACUAUUAUUCCCUGCUCAAUGUCAGGAGAGAGGCAACACAGGAGGAGCUGAAGGCGGCGUACAGGCGGCUGUGCAUGCUGUAUCACCCAGACAAACACCGGGACCCUGAACUAAAGCGCCAGGCAGAGCAGCUUUUUAACCUCGUGCACGAAGCCUACCAAGUGCUUCGGGAUCCGCAGGCACGGGCGAUCUACGACAUCUACGGCAAGAGGGGGCUCGAUGUUGAUGGAUGGGAGGUGGUGGAGAGAAGAAGAACCCCUGCAGAGAUUCGGGAAGAGUACGAGCGUCUUCAGAAAGAGCGAGAGGAGAGGAGGCUUCAGCAAAGGACCAACCCAAAGGGAACUAUUAGUGUGGGUAUCGAUGCCACGGACCUGUUUGACCAGUAUGAGGAGGACUACGAGGAUGUGGCUGGAGGGGGAGUCCCCCAUGUGGAAAUUAACAGGAUGCACAUAUCACAAUCCAUAGAGGCUCCUCUCACCACAAAAGACACGGCCGUUUUGUCGGGCUCCCUGUCGACCCACAAUGGAAACGGAGGCGGCACAAUUAACUUGGCCCUGCGAAGAGUCACCUCAGCCAGCGGGUGGGGAGAGGUGGAGAUCGGCGCCGGGGACACCCAAGGACCUCUCUUGGGAAUGAAAAUCUUCCGGAACGUGACAUCUCGAUUCUUCGUCACAGCUCAGUGCGGCCUCCAGUUCUCGUCCCGAGGCGUGCGCCCCGGGGUCACCACGGUGCUGGCCCGCCACCUAGACAAGAACACCAUGGGCUACGUACAGUGGCGCUGGGGAAUCCAGUCGUCCAUGAACACCAGCGUCGUCAGGGACACCAAGAGCAGCCAUUUCACCUUCGCGAUGCAGCUCGGCAUUCCCCACACGUUUGCGAUGGUGAGCUACCAGUACAAGUUCCAGGAUGAUGACCAGACCAAGAUUAAGGGCUCAGUAAAAUCGGGUUUCUUUGGCACCGUGCUGGAGUACGGUGCCGAGAGGAAGAUCAGUCGCCACAGUGUCCUGGGGGCCACCGUCAGCGUGGGAGUGCCCCAAGGUGUUUCUCUCAAGAUCAAACUCAACCGAGCCAGUCAGACGUAUUUCUUCCCCAUUCACCUGACCGACCAACUCCUGCCAAGUGCUGUAUUUUAUGCCACAGUCGGACCACUGGUUUUCUACCUCGCCAUCCAGCAGCUCAUUAUUCGGCCCUACGUGAGGGCCCAGAAGGAACAAGACUUGGAGAAGCAGCAGGAGAGCUCGGCCUCUAAUAUAGCCAGGAAGAAACAGGAGGCAGAGUCCGCUGUUUUGCUCAUGCAGGAGUCUGUGCGCCGGAUAAUUGAGACCGAGGAGUCGAGAAUGGGCCUCAUCAUCCUCAACGCCUGGUACGGCAAGUUUGUGACCGACAACAGCAGAAAACACGAGAGGGCAAAGGUCAUUGAUGUGACGGUGCCGCUGCAGUGUCUGGUGAAGGACUCUAAACUCAUCCUCACCGAGGCAACAAAGUCGGGACUCCCUGGCUUCUAUGACCCCUGCGUCGGGGAGGAGAAGAGCCUGAAGGUGCUGUAUCAGUUCCGCGGAGUCAUGCACCAAGUGCUGUCAGGAGACGCCGAGGCACUCAGGAUACCAAAGCAAUCUCACAGGAUCGACGCAGACACAUAGGAGCUCCCCCGGCUGCCCCGAAAAGACUCGUCGCUCGGCUGGCUGUCAGAAGAUGGAUUAAAACCCACGUUUUAGAUACGAAUCCAAGUCCCUGUUACGCAGAGAUCAUGCAUUUACCUUUUUUUCCCCCCCGUUCUAUUGGUUAAAAUAUGCAGCGCGGCGUGAAAGCACCACAGACUGGAUUGAUCAUAAUUCAAGAUCCAUGGACAGUUUUUUUGUUUGUUUUUUAUUUUUGCUUGAAAAUCUAAAGAGAAAUCCAAAUCGAAGGCUACAUCUUAUGUCUUAGGUGUUGGUAUUCAUUUAUUUUUGGUAUAAUGGCUUGUAAUUUGUGAUUGAGGUCCAUCAACUGUAUUGGACACAAACUGCAGUGCCUACAUGAUUGAAUACAUGAAUGCGCCUCUUGUUUAUUUGCCAUAUUAUUAAAAUCAA